AUGAAGAGCCGAGAACGCAACGGGAGGACUGUCGUUCCGAAUCCCGGUUACGAGGACAGUGGAGUCGCGACUUCCGGCGAACUUGGCGAGCAUUCCUUUUCCGGGGAAUGCGAAGGGAUAGUAUCCUUUCAAGCGGCCCGGGAACCGAAAGGGACCGAGGAAGACGUGAAUCCGGAUCCCAGGUAUGCAGCGCGCUUCACCAUAAGACAACAUUAUUAUCCCGAAAACGGUUGGGGUUGGGUCAUCGUCGUAACGGGCGUUAUGGUGCAAAUUCUCGCCACGGGAAUUCACGGGGCCGCCGGGGCCUGGUUGCUGCUCGACGGGGCAAGACGAUAUCGUCAGAAUCUUCUCAACGUAGGAUGGCUGGGGGCAAUGUCGACGGGUGUCGCCUUGCUGGUGUCGCCGGUGACCAUAGCGUUCUGUCGAAGAAAAAGCACCAGAGUCACAGCGGUUUUGGGCGGCCUCGUCACCGCGCUCGGCUGCCUCUUCACUUCCUUCGCCUCGCAAUUUCAUCAAUUGUUCUUUAGCUACGGCACCGUGGUCGGGAUAGGGGUUGGAAUGACGAGAGACUGCAGCACGCUGAUGGUAGCCCAAUAUUUCAAGAGGAAAAGAGAGCUCGUUGAAAUCUUCAUCGUGUCGGGCAGCGGCUUGGGCAUAGCGGUUAUGUCCGCUUUUAUAAAUGGCAUGAUAAGCAAAAUCGGAUGGCGACUCGGUCUUCAGGCCGUCACGGGGGUGGUUUUUCUCACCUUCAUUCUCGGCACUUUUUACCGCAGCGCCUCGUUAUAUCAUCCCCAACGGCGGGCAAUUUUGCAUUUAAAGAAUCAGAAGCGCAAGAUAAAGGACAAGAACAAAGACGAUAGGCCGCCGUUUUUCGACUUCAGCACUCUGAGGAGCAAAACAGUGAGGAUCUUGCUGGUGUCUACCGGGAUCUCGGCCUUCGGGAUCAACACGCCGAUAUUUUAUCUGGCGCAUCAAGCCGAGGAGGAGGGUCUCGGUGACACGGUCGUCCUGCUGCAAGCUUAUCUCGGACUAGCUUGGACCCUCGGCUGUGUGGCUUUCGGGCUUUUGGUCGUUCAUCGCAACGUCGAAUGCAGGAUAGCCCGGCAAUAUCUCACGCAAGCGGCUGUCUUCGUGUGUGGACUCUGCAUUCUCGCUCUCACCGCAGUCCAAGGAAAUUAUCACGGAUAUGUGAUGUUCGCGUGGGUUUACGGCAUCUUCUGCGGCGGCUAUCAUUAUAGCCUGAAAAUGUACACGUAUGAGAGAGUGAGGGCCCGGAACUUCGCCAGAACGUGGGGCUUCGUCCAGUGUUCCCAAGCGAUACCAAUAGCAAUCGGAGUGCCGAUAUCAGGGUACAUAAACAUAGGUUGCGGCGGCAAGGCCGGAUACUACUUCAGCUCGACGUGUGUCUUGGUCGGCAGUUUCACUCUCUUCUUCAUUGAUUUGCAUAGAAGAAAUUUGUUCAAGCAUAAGCACACCAGAGCGAAUGGUACUAAGCACUUGUGCGCCUCGGACAACUGCCCUCAACGACGACGCGCGUCGUUCAGUCAGGAGCCCGAGAACGAAGGGCCCCACGUAGCCGCCGCUGGAGCGGCUGGAGCGACGGCAGCGGCGCUUGUCCUGGGCGCUGACAUCGCUCCGGCGCAAGGUGACGUGAUAGACGUCCUCGGGGCCGACAAACCGGAGCUCACAUGCAUCUCGGAAGAGGGUAUCGCCGACAUGGAUCUACCCGAUAAUCUGUUCGAGGAUCUCGAGUACGUGGGCGACUGUAUAACCUCGUGCAACAAGGUCGAAAACUACCUCAUGCUCUCGGAAUUCGAGAACAAUCUGAUCGCCGAGAUGCCGAUGAUUAUGGACCGCCGUGGACGCAGAUGGUCCUUGGCGCGAUCCAAAACCGGUCAACCGCCCGCCAAUUCCGGCCAGACGAGCGGCGCGCAGUCGACGAACGACGAGGAAGAGGUCAAGUCGAAGUGGCGUCUUACAAACGCCGCGCCGUCAAACAGCAGAACGAUCACCGUCAUCGAUGAAGCUAGCGCAUAAUCUCGAGCACGGACGAGGCGGUGCUAUUAACCCUAAACUUGACAGGAAGCGAAUCUC